AUGGUGGCCGAUACAGCCUACUACGAUCUACUUGAGAUUCAUGUCACGGCCGAUGAGGGCGAGAUCAAACGUGCCUACAAACGGAAGGCUAUGCAACAUCAUCCUGACAAGAAUCCGGAUGAUCCAUUGGCCCAUGAGACUUUCCAGAAGAUAGGUCAGGCGUAUGAGACUCUGUCUGAUCCUAAUCUGAGAGAAUCAUAUGACAAAUAUGGUCCUGACGGUCCCUCCAGCUCACACGGAGCGGAUAUGGACGAUCUCUUCGCUUCCAUGUUCGGGGCUUCUUUCACUUUCGACUCCGCUGGUCCAUCUCGACGAUCGAAACCGAGUAGAGGGCAGGAUACGAAUGUACGAUAUGAAGUGAGUUUAGAGGAGGUGUAUAAAGGCAAGACUGUGAGAAUGUCGUUGGAGCGGGAUAGAUUGUGUGGUGGAUGUAGAGGUUCCGGUGCACGGCCCAAUGCCGUCCCUGUCAAAUGUGGGACAUGCGAAGGUAAAGGUUCUAUAUAUGUGCAAAGACACCUCGGACCCAAUCUUGUCGGAAGGAUGAAAGAGGAGUGUACGGCAUGUCAAGGUGAAGGUAAAAGAGUGAGAGACAGAGAAAGAUGCAAGAGGUGUAAAGGUGCAAAAGUUGUAAAGGAGAAGAAACAAGUCGAGUUUGACAUCAAACCUGGAACUUUGGACGGAGAGAGAAUAGCUCUAAGAGGGGAGGGCGAUGAAGCGUCAGAAAUACCUCCGGGAGAUGUGAUUUUCCAAAUCAGACAUCGACCACAUCCUCUGUUCCGACCGCGCCCCUCCGGCCGUCCACACGAUCUCUCCAUGACCCUCCCCCUCUCUCUCUCCGAAGCUCUCCUUGGGUUUUCUCGCGUGGCUUUUGUCCAUCUGGACGGAAGAGGUAUACGGUUGGUUUCACCUAGAGGACAAAGAGUGAUUCGCCCAUCAGAGGAGUUGGUGAUCAAAGGCGAAGGUCUGCCGAUGAGGUAUAAUGACGGUAAAGGUGAUUUGUGGAUAAAGUUUGAGGUAGAGAUGCCUGGUACGUCCUGGGUGGCGAGACAAGAUCCAGAAGGAAGCGAGCUUCAGCUGCCUGGUCCGUUAGGGGAUAUCCUCCCUCUACCACAUGUCGUCGAUAUCAGGUGUUUAUUGGACCCAUGA